AUGCCAAUUCCCGUGGAAGUUUCUUCCUCCCCCUCUUGCCAUGACGCCCUGGCAUGGUCAUCCGAUGGAGAGCUCGCCGUUGCCACGGGAGAGUAUGUGCACAUUCUGACACCCAAGUCCCCGGAUAACGGGGAGCACGACGGUACCGCAGAUGGAUGGAACCUCACUCGCAUUCGGGUCGACGUCUUUACCGUCGCCGAGUGGUCUCUUAUCUAUCCGCAAAAGCACGACGACUUCUCCCUUUCAAUUGAGCAGUCGCCGAGCACGGUAGUGAGCUUAUCCUGGUCUCCACCAGGGGUCGCCAAGUUUCGACGCUGUGUGCUGGCUGUAUUGACCUCGAAUUUGCUACUGUCCUUGUGGGAGCCCUUGGGCCUCAAAGGCCAAUGGGCACGAGUCGCUGUAAUCAACCACGCACUCCAUCCCCAGUUAGCGCCAUCCAUAGGAACCGGUGGUCGUGAAAUACGCAAAGCGCGAAUCCGGUCUUUUGAGUGGUUUGCGCCUCUCAAAUUCUCGGGAGCCACCACCGAUCCAACUUAUGAAAGUCGUUGGGGAAUUCCCCUGCUUAUCGUCGCCAACGACGUCAACGACGUGAUUUUGUUGCAGGUGCGCAGAUUGCCGGUUCUGCCAACAUCUUCCAAGCCUUUCAAAGUCGAUAUUCUUGCCCUUUACUCGCUCGACAACCUGGAGGGACAGUAUGGCGCGGUCUAUCCAGGAUCGCUUUUCAAGCAGUCGCUGAAGAUUAAACUACGGGUUCUGUCAAUAGCUUGUGGCCCGUGGGUCAAUUCACCGGCAGGCCAAGGCAGUGUAUGUUCUGCGAUUGCAAUGGUGGCGGCAGCGUUCGGGACGAAGCUUCAUACCCUCAAGGCCACAGUGACUUUAAGAGAACCCAAUGACGACGAAGAAGGCUCACCCCGAUAUGAGGCAACAGCAGAGCUGACUGAUCAUCCCCUUUGUGGUAUCAGCCAGAAAUGGGCCAAAUAUCAAGUUACUGGACCACUGGAGUGGCUACAGACGGCACAAUCUCCAACCCGUGCCUUAGUCGCGUGUAUAAAUGCUGGGUGCCUCACUAUUUCCAUUCCUCAUUCGGUGUACAGUGGAACAGACUCGAAUGUUGAUUCUGUAGAGAUACGCGAAUGGCCUUUCUAUGAGCCCGAAGCUGAUGGUGCAAGGGAACCUCAACCAAGGCAUAUGGAACCCAUUUCAGCUAUGACUACCUCCACAAACGCUGAUACCUGCACUCUCCAUUUGGGGACCCCUGGCGGGCUUGGUCUAGCGACUAAAUUCCAGCAACAUGGGGAUCCGGGAGCCAUGCAAAUACCGCACUGGAAGCAGGUUGUUGAAGAUUUCCGGGAACGAUACGACCUAGAUCGUGACUUGGGAGGUCUCACAGUAGCAAGGAUUUGGGGACUGGCAUGUCAUAACGGCGUGACUGCGGCCCUGUUCACUCGACAUCCGACGAACAUGGUCGAGUAUCGUGUCGCCGCGGACGACCGCUCAACGAUUAUAUUUUCCUCGGAUGAUGAAGCAUCCCCCGUCGCGCAUAAAGAGCGAGGAACUGCUCGUGAUCGGCGAGAGGUGGCUAUUCGUCUUGUGCUCUCCAAUUUUGCCAACAGUGAUGAGAGUGAUCCAAAAACCCAGCAUCUGGUAUACCACGCUGCCUGUUGUGCCAUAGUAGACGAGCACAGCGAAUCCCUCCAAACCCAAGCUCGACAAUCACUGGAGCGUCUAGUGACUGUGACGGGUGCCGAUCUAACGGCAGAGAUCGCUCAAUGUCAUCAGGGGUCUGCCUCCAUCCCCGCGAAGUCCCUGGAUCAACUCACAGGGCCCGGCGGCCAUCUCUUUGAACAAUGCGAAAUAUGCAACGCCGGAAUCGGGUGGUUCUCGGUCCAGGAGGCGCAGUGUAUGAACGGUCAUUUGUUCACCCGAUGUGGAUUGACUUUCUUGGCUAUCCAAGAACCGGGAAUAUCCAAAUUCUGCUCCAGCUGUCGGACGGAAUACCUCGACGAGGAGGCCAUUGCUCGCACACGCGGCGUGCCCCUAGCACCAAGUUUCCGCAGAAUCUUUGAAGCGUUUGAUACAUGCCUUUACUGCGAUGGCAAGUUCCAACACAGCGUCUAA